AGCUUCUGCUGGAUCUCUCCAGCAGACACGAUCUUGUUCGGAGAGAUUCGUAGGGGAUCUAUCAAUCAAGGCUUCAAGGGCAGAAACAGAAAUGGACCACGACAAGACAGGAUGCCAAAGUCCACCUGAAGGUCCCAAGCUAUGUGUCAACAAUUGCGGUUUCUUCGGAAGCGCUGCCACAAUGAACAUGUGUUCGAAGUGUCACAAGGAUAUGUUGUUUGAACAGGAACAGGGGGCUAAGUUUGCAUCUGCAGUGUCUGGAACAUCAUCAUCCAGCAACCUCAUAAAGGAAACCAUUACUGCUGCGUUGGUCGAUGUUGAAACCAAAUCCGUUGAGCCGAUGACUGUUUCUGUACAGCCAUCCUCUGUCCAAGUCGUAGCAGAGGUAGUAGCACCAGAAGAAGCUGCAAAACCAAAGGGACCAAGCCGAUGUACUACUUGCAAUAAGCGGGUUGGCCUGACUGGAUUCAAAUGUCGCUGUGGUAACCUCUUCUGCGGGACACACCGCUAUGCAGACAUACAUGACUGCUCCUUCAAUUACCAUGCUGCUGCGCAAGAAGCGAUAGCUAAGGCAAACCCGGUUGUGAAAGCAGAGAAGCUUGACAAAAUCUGAAAUUCUAAGUAAACUUCUCUGAUUUCCAUCAGGUGCACCGGUGUUUCCUUCCUCCUGUCUGUGUCUGGUUCAAGUAUCUCUCAUGUUAAAAAGGUUUUAUAUAAGGUCGAAUGAAAAGCGUGCUUGAUCUUUAGCGUCUUCCAUCUCUCUGCAAUAUUUGUGGUGUGAAACUUUCUAUUCUGUGUUUGCAAGCAGAGAAAUGUGCUCUUAAAAAAAAAAAUGCUUUGAUGUGUUUAUCUUUCUUAUUAUUUUUGAGCACUGUCUAUGUAUCCCGUUUGGUCUGUAUCAUAUUGAGAUUGUCUAUGUAGCUACAUUAAGCUUAUUUAAAAAAGGCUUGUGUUUGUCAUUCAAUGGAUGUUUUAGGUCUCUGGUUGGGGUGAGGCGGUGAGCUAUGUAACUUUGAAAAGUCAUGAGCUUUUAAUAUAUGUAUGGGUCGCUA